GUGUAACAACAACGAAACCCUCGGAGUUGCCCAAUCAAGUCAUGGUUAUUUAUAUUCCAAACUGAAAGUGAAUCGCUCUUGUCUUAUGCAGGCGCUUCGCAUAACAGCCGUCCAGCAAAAUGUCUGAUAACAUAUCUGACCUGGAAGCUGAUGUAAGGAAAUGGUCCUGGAGAUACCGGAUCGAGCCCCACUACAUGUUCAAUAAGAGCGAUUUGGAAUUCAAGGUCGAUAUAGAUCAAGUUGCGAUAAGCUACAAAAACCCAACCUUCAGUAAUUACAGAAAGAGUCCUCUGACAGAUCCAAAGAUUGUUUUUACAACAAAUUACAACAAUGGCACUAAUGACCCCCAAGAAGUGGCCGUCCGCGUCCAGCGUACGACAUCGGCUACGGCAAGAAUCAAGAUGAAGUACGGCGUAACCGCUGACAACGGAAUUGGCAUAAAACUGCGCGCACCACCGGAAGUAGACAGUGCGUUCGGCGGAUACCUGCCCAUCAAGACGGAGGAGACGAGUGACCUCUGUCACAGCAUGACCUGGAAGUACAACUCCAAGAUCACAGCCGCUCCUCGGAAGACAACAGUGGCCAAGUUCGAGGUCAACGAGGAGAGAUUGGUCUGUGACUUCUCAACGUAUCAGCGUCUGAAAGGGAAGGCCACUGUGACUGUCAUUCACAAAGUUUCAAGAAGAACUCUUGAGACGAUCACGGAGGAUAUCAAGACGAUUUUGGAUGAACUCCUGCCAGAUGCUGACGAAACUACUCCCCCUGAAAAUAUUAUCCACAUCAGGAACGAUGCUGUUCAGUGGCCAUGUCGGGGCGAGAUCGACUUUACCUAUGGCCUUUCACAGAAUGAGGUGGUGGAAUGAGAGCUUCGUAAUUUUAACUUUUAAGUUUCGUAGUUAAAAACGGCGCAAGUCUCUUUUUAGUCCUAAUGUUAUUUUCAAAUUUAUCCCAUUUAUUGAAAUUACGUCGGUGCAUGUACUCUAAAACUGCUUUGCAAUUCAGGAAUGUUCAAAUGAAUAUAAAUUGAUCAUAAAUAAAUGUUAUCAAUGUUA